CUGCAGUUGCCCCACCACCGUGCCCACUACGGCUAUCUUGCACUGCGUGCUGUGUGUGUUGGAGCUCCCACCAAGCUCCAAGCUCCUGGCUAACCAUACAUACAAGGGCUCUGUGUUCUGACCAUAAAGCAAGGAAAAAAAGGUAAAGGGUUGUGAAACAGAGUUUAAAGCUGCAGUGAUGCGUCUUGCUGUUCCUGAUCGUAGGUCGUAAAACCGACACACAGCCAUGAUAGAAGACUUCGAAGAUACCAACAAUGGGACUGAUGAUCUCCAUAGUUCAUCUAGCACAGCAGAGUCGAAAGAGCAGACUUCAGUCGAAGCCUUAUCGUCCCUCAGCGCCAUGCACGGCGCCAGACAGAAUGCUAGAGUGGCUGCGAACUCGUCCGUGGUCAGCAAUGUGCCCUCGUGUGUAUGGCCUCAUGAUCCGUUGCUCCAGAUUCAGAGGCGAGGUAGUAUACCAGACAUGGGCUUGAGCAGUCGUCGUGAAAGCAUGGGGUUAAGUGUCGGAUUGGGGGGAGAUCUCAGUUUUCCAACCUCGCGUCGCAGCAGCUUCGCUCUUGGUUUGGACCUUAACAUGGCCGAGCAAACGCUGUCAUCAGCCAAUGCUGCAGCCCUAGCCUCUCAAACGCAGUCUUUGCCCUCUAUGAGCCAUGGGCUGGGGUCAGCAGCCAGUGCUCAGCUGCAACUGUCUGCCCUUCAGGCUUCUGGGGAUCUUUUUUCUCAGCAACAGCAGCUUUUGCAGUUGCAGCAGCAACAGCAGCAGCAGCAGCUCAGAAGACAACAACUGCAACAGCAGGCACUAGGUGGAUUACAGAGAUCUUCAGAUGCCAUGAGGGUGCAGGCAGAAGCCCAAGCAGCGGCAGCGGCUCUUUUUCUUGGCGCCCCUAUGCCGGGGAGCGACGAUAGCAGCCCCACCAGCAAUACCCUGCUGGGAAUGAAUGAUUCUCUGUUGGCAGGACGACCAGGAACCCAACAGCUGCUGAACAGUUCCAGGUUGGGUGCCGGUGCAAGGGCACAGCACUUGCCUUCCUUUGCUGGGCUCGGGGCGCUCCCCGCACCCAAUGCUCUGCCCACAUCGCAGCAACUCUUACACCAAGCAUCUUCCUCCUCGGCUGCAACUGACCUGAAUCUGGGUCUACCAAGCUCUAAUAGUGCUACUAAUCGUACCGGUAAUGCCUCCUUGGACACAUUGCUUCCGACAAACUCAAUGUCUCAACUACAACAACUGCAGCAGCAACUACAGCAACAAGAGCAACGGUUACAGAACCUGCAAUCGUCCUUCAGAGGCAACCCGACCACGCCGUCGCAACAACAGCGACAGCAGAAGCAGUUAGAACAGCUUCAAAUGCAAGGACAGCUUCAACGUCAGCAGGAAGCACUACGUCGUGAUUCCUUGGGCUUAUCCCUUGGGUUUGACUCAAUUGGCAGCCAACAUCCAGAUCCAAGUCUUAGUGCGCGGAUAAUGCAGCUGGAGCGACAGUCUGGCAAUACGCUUUCGCCAACUCAUCUAGCAGAGCUUAGUAUGAAGAAGGCGCAGCCAACGCAGCUCUUAUCCGAUUCCAGCAAGAAGGUCAAAGCUUCAGAGGGAAUCCCUGAUGCUCUUUCCCCGAAAGCCUCCAGCGGCAAUACCACCAGCAAAAAGGAUGCUGCAUUCCCUCUGAAGCUUCACGAAAUACUCUCCAAUCCGGAGUAUCAAGAAAUGAUUGCUUGGAUGCCUCAUGGGCGGUCUUGGAGAAUACUGAAACCGAGCGCAUUUGAGAACCUCGUCAUUCCUGUGCACUUUCGACAUUCCAAGUACGCCUCUUUCAUGAGACAAGUAAAUGGUUGGGGGUUCCAGCGAAUCUUGCAUGGCAACGAUCAUAAUUCCUACAGGCACGAUUUGUUCAUACGUGAUAGACCUGAUCUGUGCAAGAAGAUGAAGAGGGUUGGGACUGUAAAGAAGGCAAAAGAAGGAGCUGGGGCUAAAUCAGAUGAGAAAGCUCAAAGCAAGGCCAACGUCGGUCAAGGCGAGACCCAAGAUGAGGAUGGUUUAGCGACCUUUCCAGAACAAGAGGAGACGACGAGUAGUCUCACAGAGAGCCUAUUGGCGACCGCCAGCUCUCCGACAAUGCAAAGUCGCUCCAAAAUGCAAAGUCUCUCCAAAAUACCUACAGGUGUUUCUGCUCUUGCCAGGCCAGAAGGGGUCGCAUCGUUACACGAUUUCGGCGGGAAUGACGUCAAUGCGAUUUCAGCAGCUCGAUCUGCUCUCUCCGACAAAUUCGCUCUCUCGGUUGGGGCCCACGGGCCAAAUCAAUGGAACAACAACUUCGGACAAAUGUUCCAAGAUGCAUCGUCCAGUGAAAUGCCUUCCUCUUUGCCGAUGGGGCUGGGCCAGUUAGACACGCGCCAAAUGGAGCAGUUGCUGAAGUUAUCCCCCCCUCAUCAAUUGACUAACAAGCUCGCAACGCAACCCCAUACACAGCAGCUGCAGCAUUCACAGCGAUUGGCGACAAGGCCAAUCGAGGGCAUUGACGUUCUUCAACAGCGACUUGGCUCCACAGGCGGGUUUUCUGUUGACCUUCUCGCCGGUGGAGGAGGAAUGCAACUCGGUGGUGGGCCUAGCCGAAAUCAGUUCAGCUCGGCACAAGUCCAGGCAGCACUGGCCUCGCGAACCGAAGCAGGGUCAGCCAGGUUGAAGGAUGCAAGUGAAGAGUCAGAUGAUCACAAAAAAUGGCGCUGAGUGACUCAAGAGUCACUCAGUCGGAUUAGGCAGCUAGAGGCAGGAAUUGGAGAAACGAUUUGCAAGGACUCAAAACAAAACUGCUCGGGGGAUGAGCUGCUCUACAUCUUAUACGAUAGGUACAUACAAUGAAUGCUACGUACAACGUACAGGACAUACAUAAAAAACAGCUGUAAAAUAACUCCAUUGUAAGCAUCUGUAAGCGUCAG